AUGUCUAGAAACCAUGGUUGGUCAAAUCUUUGUCCCGAUAUUUUGCGACCGAUACUAAAAGUCUUAAACUCUAAGGAUUUUCAUCGAGCAAGAACCGUUUGCUCAAACUGGUAUUCCGUUUCAAGAACAUGCAUUCCUCCUCUGUAUCCAUGGCGAAUUCUAUUCCGUAAGCCUUCUACUUUGUUGUUGUUUGACACAGGAGAAGAAAAAGUUCGUGUAUUCGAACAUCCCGAACUCGAUUUAUCCGAAAACCAUUGUAUCGCUAGUUCCGGCAGUUGGCUUCUCAUGUUAGAUCGACGUCUAAAUUUCAAUAUAUUGAACGUUUUCACUCGCGAGAGGAUCGAUCUACCAACAAUGGAGUUAUCUUUUCUCGGAAGUGAGGACGACAUAAAAGAGUGGGAAUGCCUCGUCGGGAGUUACGACAUUGUCCAAUCAAAAAAAUCGACUGUUUUGUGGAUUAACGAGAGAACAAGGGAUUUUGUCGUCGCGUGGGUUUACGAGCGAAACUUCUUGUUCACAUUCAAGAAAGGAGAUGAAACGUGGCGAAGGAGUCUUGAAGGCACAGAGUGUAACUAUAUGACGUUUAAGGAUCACAAGCUUUAUGUGUUGACUUGGGAUAACUACAUCAAGAUUCUUGAUUUGUCCGGAGAGAUCCCGAGAGAAUCUCUCGAAAACCCUCUUUUAAAUCAUCAGUUCAGCGUCGAUGUGAGGCCGGAGAGAUCUAUUUGGAGAAAGAGAAUAACGAUCACGAACUCGGGAGAGUUUCUGGUCAUUCAGAGCUCAGGGGUGUUGGGAAAGAACUUUUUGUUUGAAAUCUUUAAGAUGAAUAUGGAGAGUAGCAAGUGGGAAAGAGUAGAUUCUAUUGGAGACGAGAUGUUGAUAUUUGGUCAUGGUGUCACAGUGAGAUCAUCUGUCAAUGGUGGUUCUAUCUGCUUCGUUGAAAACGACGUUAGGCACGGUAGAAACAGUGGUGUGUUCGAUCUUGCGACAAGUACGAUAACAUGGGCAAAAGAUGUAGGUCAUUGGGAUGCGACUCGGUGGUUUGUUCCAGGAUAUGGUUAA